AUUCAUUUGAAGGAAUGAGUAUUAGUUGUACUAAUGGACUGCAUGACUGGGCAAAAAGAACAUUGUACAAUACAAAUUAUAGAUCCUCCAAGUCCUCCAGCUAAUAUAACAGUCACUAAUAUUACUGAGAGUUCUAUUGGUCUUGAAUGGAGUCCACCAGCUUUCCUCUCUACUGCUCCUAUUACUGGCUACAUUGUUAAUGUGUCCUAUGUAAAUGGAACUAGUUUCAACUGUCCUGUCAAUCAGUGUAACCUGACAACUGGUGAUACUAACAAGACUCUAAUAUCAGGACUUAAAAAUGAUAUUCAAUACUUGCUCUCAGUCUCUGCUAUUAAUUGUAUUGGUGAAGGUAGUUACAGUCCUGAGAUAGAAGUCACUACUGGUAAAUCAUCUAUUCAUAUAUCAAAUCUAUCAUUUACUGCAAUCAGUUACACAACAGCAGAGCUUAGCUGGGAGACCAGUGCUACUGAUACUAUUCAAUCAUUCUUUGUUCAUCUCUACACUAAUGCAUUGACAAGCAAAUUUUGUAGUUAAUAAAAUGUUAUGAGUAGUUACUGAAAAAACCUGAAGCCACACAGAAUGCAUUUACUACGUUAAAUUAUG